UUUGGCCCUGCACCAAAAAAUAACCUUAGCUUCUUUCUCUUCCACUUGCGCAGCGUUUUUUUAUAAUCUUAAUUAUUUCGAUAACAUCUAGUUAAUUAAUCUUUUAAACUCCAACAGUACUUCACAUAAGAAGAAGAGAUGAAGAAACGCCAAGUGGUUCUGAAGAGAGACGAUCAGUUUUCUAGCAACUUUGCCAAUUCUUCAUUUGCUGUAAGAAGAGUGAGGUAUGGGGAGUGCCAAAAGAAUCACGCGGCCAAUGUGGGAGGAUACGCCGUAGACGGGUGCAGGGAAUUCAUGCCUUGUGGGGAGGAGGGGAGCAACGGGGCCCUCACCUGCGCCGCCUGUGGUUGCCACCGGAACUUCCACCGCAGGGAGGAGGAGGCGGAGGUGGUCUGCGACGGCUCCUCCCCUACUACAUAAGAGUAUGCAGCUCUUGUGGAAUUUCCUUUACUUGAUAUUGCAUGCGAAUCCGGACAUGUAUGAUCAUUACAGCAGCGACCUAACCAAUUCAAAACAACAAAAAACAGUCGUACAAGGAAAUUAAGGGGGAAGGACACAUCUUUAUUGAUAAUCUCUUGUUCAAGAAGGAAUUCUUUGACCGUCGCACUGUGAAUUGUUCAAAGACAGAAUAAGUAUCUACGAAUUACGUUUGGCAUAUGUUUCUAAUUCCGAUGACAAUGUGGAUGUAGUUUUGCAGCUGGAAUUAAUGAUAUUGAUCAUGUUGGUUCUA